AAUCAAGAAAUUGUCUACCUUAGAACAGAGAUCAGCAGGAAAAAGCCUCUUUGGUUUGUUAAUAUAUACAUAAACUCCUAACGUUUGUUCCAACCCACAUUAAAAUAUGAAGAACUUCCUUUCCAUCUUUUCAGUUUCCAUUUCACUUUUCUUCCUCUUCUCUCUCUCCAUAGCUGCUUACUCAUGGAUUUUCUACUUGUCUACCACAAUUCACAAGGACUAUAUGUUCUUAUUCUGCAAUAGCCUACUAGUUUUUAUUUGUCUAAAUUCUCGCUUGAGUGUUUCAUUGGAGAAAGAUCGUCGACAGGAACUGGCUGAAAAGAGACAAGCUGCAGGGUGUUGUGAGAGUAGACUACUGGAUAGAAGGAGAACAGUUGGAGACGUCGGCGAAACUCUAUCCGUUGUCGUUGAAGAGACUUAUGGCGAUGAUUAUUAUGGUGAUCUAGCUGCAGGAGAUGAUGAAACUUUACUUGUUAAAGUUGAAGUAACUCCAACUGAUGAAUUAGACGCAGUGGAGGAUGAUAGGACUCUCUCAGUCGUCAUUGAAGAAACUAAAGGUGAUGAAUUAGAAACGGUGGUGGAGGAUAAUAAGACUCUUUCAGUCAUUGAAGAAACUCAAGAUGAAGACUUUGAAGUGGUGGAGGAUGCUAAGACUCUCAGAAUCAUUGAAGAAUUUCGAGAUCAUGAAUUAGGAAUAGUGGAAGGUGAUAAGACUCUUUCAAUCUUUGAAGAAACUCGUAAUGAUGAAGAACAAGAACAAGGAGGCAGCGUUGAUUCCAUCAGCUUGGAGGAGUUGAACAGAAAGUGCGAGGAGUUCAUAAGAAGAAUGAAAAAGGACAUAAGGAUUGAAAUUCUAACAAUAUGAUGCCGUUAGAACCAACAAAAUGUUGUUCUUGUAACUAAAGUUGGAUAUUUAUGCAGUGAAAGGAAGUGAAACAAAUGAAUAUUGAAACAUAAAAUUGGAUUUAAUCGUGUAGAUUAAAUUCAUUGUUUAAAAACUUUCAAAUUGGAUUUAAACUUCCAAUUAAAAUGAUGUUUCACGUACAA